CUCCGUUGCCAUGACAGUCUCUCAUUUCUGAUCUCACCCUGACCUGAUCACCAUGACAACAGCUCAUUGCCCAAUAUAGUGUGAUGCAGGAGAAAAUACAAAAAAAAGGUCACUAGCUCCAUCUAGUGGACAACAAAAACUGACAAGGCCUGUCAAUUCUUAUGUCUAAAAAGAAAACCUAAAGCAGUUAAAAUUAAAAAAAAUACUAAAGAAAUGACUUCAUCCAACAGAUGUUUUCAGAUAAGUAGGCUACUAUCUGACACUGUAAAAUACAAGAACAGUAUCAGUUGUGCAGAAAUAAUUUGAGGCCUUCAAUUAUCUCCUAAUGGCAAAUCUCAAGCGUUAUGAGAGUCGAAGGCAUUUUUGUUGGGUAAUUAAGCAUUGAGGUAACUGAAAGGCAUGAAUGGAGCCUUGUGUUCAGUAAUGAACUUUCAUUCUCUCCUCACAUCUUCUGUCCUAAUGGAGCAAAAUGAGCAGAAACCGCGACACUGCGUGGAGAAGCCGAUCUCCAUCUGCUUCCAGAAGUUCGGUCGCUUUGUGGGAACUUACCCGUGGUGGUUCUUCAUCUCUCCUCUGCUGAUCUCUGCGGUGUUGGGGAGCGGGUUUUAUUUCUUAGAAGAUCGCGAGGCCAAUGACAUUGAGAAUCAGUUCACACCUGUGAACGGUCCUGCCAAACUGGAGAGGCAGUUCGUGCAGCAGAACUUUCCACAGAACUACUCGGUGUUCUCCAACCAGAGACUCUACACGGAUGGAGUUUACGCGUCCUUCAUAGCGGUCUCGAGAUCCUCCAACAUCUUCACAGACGCUGCCUUUCAGGAGAUAGUAACCUUACACAGGAAGGUCAAGGAGCUGAAUGUGUCCAUGGGUCACGAGGUGCUCACUUUUGAGGGACUUUGCGCAAGACGAUACAAGAAAUGCACACCCAAUAAGAUUUUGGACAUUUACAAAUAUUAUGGUAAUAAUUUAGAAACGACCGAGCUCACCUUUCCCUUCUUUCGUUUUGGAUUCUCGUACAUCUUCCUGGGCUAUUCGGUUGGUGGAGUGAAUAUAAACUCUUCUGUUAUUAAAAGUGCAAAAGCAGUGCGUCUGUUUUAUUUCCUAAAGGAGGAUAAUCGCUCCAGAACAGAUUUAUGGCUGAAUGAAUUCCUGAAGGUUUUUCCCUCUAAUUUAUCUCUAAACUUCAUUAAGGUCACCCAUUCCACAUCUUUGUCAAGGCAGGUGGAAUUUGAGGCAAACACAAAGGAUGUGAUUCCUCUCUUCUCCAUCACAUAUGUCAUUGCCAUUGCCUUCUCUAUUCUCUCUUGUUUGAGGUUUGACUGUGUCAGAAACAAAGCAUGGGUUGCUACAUUUGGGGUGUUCUCUGCUGGACUCGCUGUUCUGUCCUCUUUUGGGAUGAUGUUACACAUUGGUGUCCCAUUUGUCAUGACAGUUGCUAAUUCUCCAUUCCUGAUAUUAGGGAUCGGAGUGGACGACAUGUUCAUUCUCAUUUCCUGUUGGCAGCAGACCAGUGUUCACGAUCGAGUGGAGACUCGCCUGUCUAAUACAUACAAAGAGGCGGCCAUUUCAAUCACCAUCACCACGCUCACAGACGUGUUCGCUUUCUACAUCGGCCUCAUGACGCCCUUCCGCUCAGUCGGCUCUUUCUGCUUGUACACCAGCACCUCCAUCCUUUUCUGCUACAUCUACAGCAUCACAUUUUUCGGAGCGUUCCUCGUUCUUAACGGACGGCGAGAAAACAGUAACAAGCACUGGUUGACAUGCAAGGAAGUACCAGAGGAGUGUCCAGUGAGUCAGUCCAAAUUGUAUGAAUUAUGUUGCGUUGGAGGCGCUUACGAUCCCCAUACUGGCAGAGAGGAGGUACAACCGAUGAAUCACUUCUUUAAAAAAUACUACGGCCCAUUUCUGAUGAAAUCGUGGACGAAGGUCUUUGUGAUUGUGUUGUAUUGCAUCUAUUUGAUUAUCAGCAUUUAUGGCUGCUUUCAAAUUCAAGAAGGAAUCGAUCUCCGUAAUUUAGCAGCUGAUGAUUCUUACGUGGUGAAAUACUAUGACAACGAGAAGGAGUAUUUCUCAGAAUAUGGUCCAAACAUCAUGGUUGUCAUCCGACGGGAAUUUCCAUACUGGGAUGAAAAGUACGUGUCAGAUCUCGAAACUUGCAUUGAAGAUUUCAAAAACUUAUCUUUCAUUGAAAAGGAUAUAUUCACCUCCUGGAUCAAAUCCUACAAGUACUAUGGCUAUCACAGCAAACUCAAUCUGAGCACUGAAGACGUCUUCAAAGAUAACUUGGAAACCUUUCUGCGAUUGUAUUCUGAUUUUAAACAGGAUGUCAAUUUCACCAACAACACCAUCUACGCAUCUCGCUUCUUCAUACAGACGGUAAAUAUCUCUACUGCACUGGAUGAGAUGAAUAUGUUGAAUAACUUAAGAGAGACAGCUCAAAAGUGCCCUAUUCCUUUACUGGUGUACCACCCCGCCUUCAUCUACCAUGACCAGUAUGCGGUGAUAGUCAGCAACACCAUCCAGAACAUUGGGGUCACAACGGCUGUAAUGUUGCUUAUCUCCCUUCUCCUCAUCCCAAACCCUCUGUGUUCCCUUUGGGUCACGUUUUCCAUUGCAUCUGUCAUUGUGGGGGUCACUGGGUUUAUGGCAUUGUGGGAUGUUAAUUUAGACACCAUCUCCAUGAUCAUUCUUGUCGUCUGCAUUGGUUUUUCUGUCGACUUCUCUGCUCAUAUAUCUUACGCCUUUGUCUCUAAUAAGAAACCCAGUGCAAAUGAAAAGGCCGUGGAAGCCCUGUUUAGUUUAGGAUACCCUAUUUUGCAGGGGGCUGUGUCUACUAUUCUUGGGGUGGUGGUGUUGUCUGCUUCAAAGAACUAUAUCUUUAGAACUUUCUUUAAAAUUAUGUUCUUGGUGAUCUUCUUUGGUCUCUUUCAUGGCUUAACUUUUAUCCCAGUUUUUCUGACCUUCUUUGACAUGUGCAGUGGCACACCAGCUAAGAACAAGUCAGGCCCAGAACAGCAGGACAUGAAGAACAGCUACACCAACAACAUUCAAUCAAAGGCAAAGGAUGGUGAGCUGAAAGAGCGGGAAAUUUAUGACAAUCACAUUUUUCAACCAGACAACCACGGAACAUGUCAGUCUCAGCCCUGCUCUGCUAUUUGGAUGAUAACCGGCAAUAACCAUCAUGUUCAAGAUAACCACAUUUGUAUGGCAAGCACUAUCCCAAUGUUCAAGAUUGACAGUCAGACUUAUGAGGUUCACAUGUAUACACCAUCUGAUGACGGCAUGUUAAGAGUCACAUGUCCAUCAAAACAGUGCUUGGAAGGCCAAAAUUGUGUUUUAUGAUUCAAAUGUGCCCACUCCUAACUAAACUGAUUAGUAAAUUUUGUAAAAUCCUUUUACUUCUAUUUCUUCCUAGUAUAUUCUGUUUGUAUGUGUAACACCUUUUAUAUGUUUCGAAUAAAAUUACAGAUGCAAAUCUAAAUUGACAGGAAUGCAACAUGACACUUGAUACAUCUGGGCCAAUUAUUUUUUUUCAAACUUUUUAUGGGUUUCAGGAUGUAGCCGCCCAGUUAGCUCAGGUACGGUUAAAAGAUAAAACUUUUAAGAAUGCAUUAGUAAAUGUUGAAAUAAAAAUAAAUUUAUUCAUUGAUUUAGUAGUAUUGUGUAUUGAAUCAUUUUGCUGUAUUAUCUGUUGGCAAUUUGAUAUGCAGUUUUCAUAUGCUACAAUUUGCCCACCCAGUUUUAUGUAGGCCCAUCCACUUAAAAAUUUUGUUAUAAUUAUAAAGUACAAAUACUGUAUGUUGCUUUCUUAGAUUUUGUAAAAUAACAAACUAAUUCAAUGUAAAUAUGUAACCAUACUUUGCUCUUUAUUUAUGAGAGGUUUGCAAUGUUUUCUUAUAGACUGUUGAUUGUGUAAAAGCCUAUUAAAGACAUAACUACAUAUACAAAUUGAUAUAAACUGCUACAAAAUGAUUCUUGCCUUUUAUUUUUUUCACUGUUUAUUACACAUUCCCUUUGAUAAUGUAGUGCAUGUGCUGUUGUGUUUUCCUUGAGGAAAGAGAAUUGCCUGAGUAAGGAUUAACAGAACUGAAUAUUUUCAUUUUUUGCACCAGUGUUGUUUAAUAUUUUUAAUUUUUAUGAAUGUUAAGAGUAUUAAAAUUUUUGGAAUAAUAGACAUUUUCUAUUCAAAAUUACACAUUGUUUAGUUUACCAUGUUUCAUGAGUUUGUUGUUGCACAUGUUUGCUUAAAAGCCUCAGUUGAUCUACACAUUUUUUAGAAAAAAGAUGGGACAUACCUGACCUUUGAUCUCUGAUUUCUUGGUAUUAUUAGGGCCGGAAAAGUAUAGGUUCAAUCAAAUAUAUUCAAAAUGGAUGUUUAUUGUUUGACAUAAAAUUUGCAAUUCAAUUUGUCACACAUUAUGCAAUAUUGUGGUUUUCUACAAUUAAGCAAUAUAGCAUUUU